CGAACACACACACACACCAUGGACAUCUACCUAGCCUCUGAUGGGAGCCUGAUCCAGAGCCCGCACGCUCUGAGCGACUACGACUCCCUCGAAGGCGUGUACGCCGACGUGUCGGCCGCGACGGGCCUCGUGAGCGGCAAUGUGCUGCUGUUUACCGCGGACGGGCGCGAGCUCAAGCAGGAGGUGCUCGAGGAGCUGUGGGAGCGCGGCGGGGGGAACGGCGCCGGCCAGUCAAGCCCCCGCCGCCAGAUCGUCUACCUCUUCAACCGCGAGACCUUCUUCAGCGAGCCUGAACGCUGGGUGAACGAGCUGCGCGAGGACGUCGUCCUCCCGCCGCCCUUGGAUGCAUCCGCAGCCCUCGACCUCUCCCACGCGCAGGCCCCCUUCGCUGUCGCGUACGACCACCUGUGCCACCUGCAGUCGCUGUUCAAGGCGCAGGCGGCCGCGCUGCAGAUUGCGUACGCCAACCUCGCGUUCCAUCUCCAGCCGAUUGUCGAGGCGUUUCGAGAUUUCGCAGAGCGCGCAGACGGCCAGCUCGACCACCAUGAGAAGCUGCUGCGAGGGUACGACAUCGACAUGGCCAUGCUACCGAAGGUGACAGUGCACGAAAGCCUGUUCCGCCGCCGGGACAAGGAAGCAGACGACGCCAAGCGCAAGUCGCUGGUAGACUGGAUCCACACCAAGAAGAUGGAGCAGGUCCGCGACUGGUGCCAGUCGGCACAUACCGACUAUGUGAACCGAUACAACACGGUCGUGGCCGAGAUGGACCAGCUCGCGAUCCAGUCGCAGGGCGAGAGAGACCAGGCAGAGGCGCGAAUCGAAGGCAUUUCACACGAGUUUGACGACGUCCUCGGCCGCAUCGAGCUCGCGAGCCAGCAGGUCGAGGCAUUGAUGGAGUCGAGUACGGUGGAUUUUGAACAGCACCUGCUCGAGCUCGACCACGCCAUGAGGGCAGAUCUCACAAGCAUGACGCAAAUCAAGAACGACUUUACACUAGACCUGCAUUUGCAUCUACGACAGAUUGCCGACUUCCAGGUCCGCAUCACAAAGUUCAGCCGCCCCAUGACCGACCUCGACCUAGACCUGAGGCAGAAGAACGCAUUCCCCCACCUAGAGCGUCUCCACCACCUCCCGUUUGCGUACGCCGCCAACGUCGUCGAGAUUGUCCACCGCAAGGAGUUCUCCACGGCCCUGGUCGGCUGGUCGGCAAAGAUUGCGACAGCAGUAAACGAAUAUCUCGCUGUCGAGGCGAAGCGAAGGAAGAAGCACAAGAUUGAGAACCAGUUGCCCUGGGAAGUCGCACCAUUGGAAGAGUCGCAGACACCCAGAGUAGAUAUUGCUGUCGGGGGCGGCGCGGAUGCUCUUGCGAGUGUUGGUCUCGGCCGCAGCGAUAUCGAUGACAUCAUGAAGUGGCUCGACGGCCUCAGCCGCGACCCUUCCCUCGUCAAUGAAGACGUCAAUCCCGUUCCCGACCUGACUGAGCAAGUCAAAACACUCGUCACCACCCUCGACUCGCUGAACGGCGAGCUCACUCAGUCUUUGGAGCAGGCUGUGGCUUCCGUUUCAGGGGCUCCGCCCCAAGGCGAGGUGGACGAGCUGCGCGCAGCAAACGCCGAGUACGAGAGGAGGCUCGCCGAACUGGAGCAGGAGCACAUCGCGCGAAUCAAUGAGCUGGAGGAUCUUCACGAGCAGCGCGUCAACGCAAUGCAGACGCGCACGGGCGAGCUGCAAGAGGAGCUCGUCCGCCUCAGGGAGGAUCUCGGCGAGGAGAUGGUCACGCGACAGCAGCUCAUGACCGAGCUGGACGAGAAGAAUCGCGAGUUUGAGGACCGCGGGCGCGAGUUUGAGGAGCAGAGCGAGUUGCUCACGGCCGUCCAAGUCGACAUGCAGCAGGAGAAGGACCGUGCAACAGAUCUCGGCGUCCGCUUGCAGGAGGCCCUACUCGACGUCGACGGUCUGCGCAGUGCAGAGCACACUCUCAUUAUCCAAAUCCGGGAAAUGCAAGAGGAGCGCACCCGCACCCUCACCGACCUGGGUGAGGCACAGCUGUUGGCCCAGAACUACGAGUCUGAGCUUGCUGGUACCAAGGCCGAGCUCGAUGCGACGGCCGUGCAGCUCGUGCAGGCCCAGCACGAUCGCGACGAGGCACUCAAGAGCCAGUCGGAACAGGCUGAGCGCCUCAUGCGCGACCAUAUCGCCGAGGCGGACGGCGACCGUGCCGUCCUCGAGCACCAGAACCUCACCUUGACCAAGGAACUGGAAACUGUCAAGGCCCGCAUGACUGAGCAAAUCUCGUCGCUCAAGAACGCCUCGAUUCGACGCGAGGACGGGCUCAAGGCCGAGUUGGGUUUAACCAAGGCUCAGCUGCGCGAGGUCCAGCGCCGCGAGACAGUGUUGGCCGACGACCUCGGACGGGCUCGGGACGCGUCGCAGGCGCUCACGCAGAAGGAGUCGCACCACGCCGACUUGGCCAAGGACGCGGUGGCCCUCGCGGGCAAGUACCACGACGCGUGCCAGCGCCUCAUGGGCGCGCUGGCGGCCUCGACGACCAUCUCGGGGUCAUUGUCGCUGCCUGCGCGCGCCAAGACCCCGCCCGUGGAAGCCAUCGCGUCGCCUACUAGCGCUGACCUCCGUGAAAGCACCGUGCUGGUCCGCAGCCUCGAGACGGCUGCUGCGUUUGAGCUCCCCUCGUUCACCGACGCUGUCCUGCGCACCAUCAACCUCACCAGAAAGCUGUCAAAGAGCUUGAAGCAGUACAGAGAGCUGUCGCGCAACAAGAUUACCAUUGCCAACUUUGGAAAAGGCGACUUGGUUCUAUUCCUCCCCACGCGCAAUGCCGCGGUCAAGGCAUGGGCUGCUUUCAACAUCUCGGCACCGCAUCACUUCCUCCAUGUCACCGAUGCUAUUGAACAGCAGCUUGCAUCCAAGGACUAUUACCUUGCGAGGAUAGCCGGCACUGAAGAGGCUGUGGUGAACGGUGACUCACCAGAAACGAACCCCUUUGGCCUAGCCGAGGGCUUGCGUUACUACUCGCAUCGUGUCGAGGAUUGGACACCGACCCAGCCCCGCUUGCCGCGUCGUGCUGUCUCGGCGAGCGUGGCUGUGGAGUCGAGCCGGACUGCAGGCCCCAUCACGCCUGUGCCCACCCGAAUCCGCUCCGAGAGCUCCUACCUCCCGCAGAUAACCCCUAAAGCCUCGGAGAAUGAGCAGCAGCCCUCAAUCUUGUCCCCGUUACAGACGACCCCGGCGCCGCACGUCCAGGUCCCGUCGCAACCUACAUCUCCGACACCUCUGACUCAGUCGCCUACGGUUGCACGUAAGCCGUCACCGCAGCCGCGCGUGACCUCGCCACCACCUCUUCGCACGUCGGAGGCGUCGGUCUCCCCCAUGCCGAUCCGCUUCUCAGACAUCGGCACCGGAUCCAACAAGCCGACGCUGGCCAAGCUGACCAGUCCCAUGGCCCAAUCCCCUCCCCCGCCACACUCUUCGCCCACCAGCCCCAUCAACCUCGCCAGUGUAGCAGCGGCGAAGCGUUCCCACCGCGCGAGCUUAACGUCGACCGCAUCACCUCCAGCCCGUGACGGCGGCUUUGCUCCGUCCUCCGCUGGGCGUCCCUCAUCAGUGGCGUCGUCCACUUCGUCUCACCCCCGCGGACUCCCCAUUCCUGCCGGCUCAGCAAAGGGUUCGCCGGCGGCAGCAAUCACCACGUCAGCUGAUGGCUCGCCGUCUCCUUCGUCGUUUGGCGAAACUGGCCCCACCCAGCGACGCGUCGCGAAGAAAACGUCGGUCGCAUCUCUCAAAACCAAGUCAGACGACCUGUUCAAGCCUUCGCCGCUGGGCUCAAACGACCCAGUAGGCACGAGCAGUAGUGGCUUUCUGAGCGGCCUGUCAUUGUCCCGCAACAAGCGCCAGUCGAUUUCCGCCGCCCCCAGCACGGCUCUUGACUUACUCAAGAAACUUGACGGGGCUGGCGGCGGCGGCGGAGCAGGCGCCAGCUAAUCUUGUCUGUCCAACCACACAUCUCAUGUCAUUGCUCCGUAGUGUCGAGAUUCAUGCAUUUACAUUGACU